AUGGAAGCAAAAUCGGACGAAUUUCGGUUACGGCGCGAUGCGUUCGAAGUUUCCUCACCGGUUGAGGUGUUAAAUGCUGUGGACGGACCCGUUGAAGUGAGAAUGGUUAAUCCUGCGGACAAAGUGCUGUAUUUGAAGUACAAUCGACAACUGAUGGCGUUUCGUCGCGUGGAGGCGACGGGUGGUUGGACUAUUGUGGAUGCCUUGUACGAUGCGUUUCCGUCGGCUGCGCCGAUCGGUUCAAGCUAUCCGUGGGAAGUUCUAAGUGAUGGAAGAACUGUGAUGUUGCGAGUGGAUCGAAAAUUUUGCUUAUAUCAACUUGUGAAUGAUAGGUUUGUGAGCAUGAACAACUGUUCACCUAGCGAUCGAUAUGAUCAGGUAUUUAUGGGAAAGUUUAACCGGCGGGGAUCAGAGAGUGACGUGUUGGUGCGAGAAGGUGAACAGCUGAAAUUGUUAUCGCUUUACAGCGCAGCUUCUUUGUGGAUUGUUCAGAACGUGCCAAUACCAGUGCAAGCGGGUAGCGCAAUUUCAAUUGCGCCUAAUUUCGACGAAAGUGAUCUGAAUGUUGUAUUGCUACGAACGAUGGAUGGACUUCAUAUCUUCCGGAUGGAUGAUUCUUCUAAGUUUGUGCAAAUUGCAUCCUGUGAAGCUAUUGAACUAAACACAGAAUCUACAACAUUUGACAGAAUUAUGUUUGCUAAACUUUCUACCAAUUCAACGAACAAGGAAUUGCUUCACUUCAAUCCUGCAGGAUUGGACGUUUAUCAGUUGAACGAAACCAGCAAAUCAUACGAACAUAAAUACUACAGUACGGACUUUUCCAGCUAUCACAACUGGGACGCCGACUACAUUAACACGAUCACUGCUCGUGAUCUAACCAACGAUGGACUCGACGAGUUGCUUUGUACUGGACCAGCUGGAUUUCAGAUUUAUGAAGUAGUAACCGAUCGCUUCGGUUUUUAUCUGCAAACUGUUGCGAUUUCCAGUAAAGAGUUGACGUUCCGUUUUGGAGUUUUAAAAAAAUUAUUGCCCAAACUGGAUCACCAAGUUCAACAAGCAGUUAUAUUGAAGGAAAACAAGCUACUUACCGUCGAAAUCAAACCGACCAAAAGUUGGUACAUUCCAAUCCCGGAAAACAAACAGCAACCGGCCAGUCCGCCACCAGAAAUACCGAAAAUUUAUCGUGACACCCAGUACAAGCGUUGGGUACAUGAGCAGUUGGAUCUGAAGCAACUGCUUCAACCGGUGAAUGCUCUGACCGGAAAGAUUGAGCUUUCCCUGCCGUUGAUUCAGUUGGACAAUCCGUUCGGAAUUCAUGUGGUGAAACAUUUCCUGUACCACGACGUUCCGGAUCAACAAGCGUUGGGUCGUGGUUGGUCCUUUCCGCUCGACUACAUCUCGGUCGACGACCGGGGAAGCAUUUUCGAGGAGAACCAUCGGUACGUGAUCGUAAAGGAAAACAACCAAGUUCCGCUGUCGCGUCAAUCCAAUCCGGACGCAGAUUAUUGGGAGUUUAAGAUUGAGAAUUAUGACGAUCUGGAGUUUAAGUACUUCACAGCCGGUAACCGGUGGGAAAUGCUCAGCAAAAAUACGUCGAUCACCUAUUUUUUCGGUAAUUACGGAACUAGGAAUGCGACGCAAUAUCGGAAGGCAGACGAAGCUAGAGCUAGGCCGGUUUCGUGGUUUCUGUCGCGGGAGGAACAGCAAACCGGAGGUUUCGUCGAUUAUGAGUACCAUUUUCUGGCGGACGCUGAUGUGCAAAUGUCCAAAAUCACAACCGAUGCCGAUGCCUCCGUUGAGUUUAAGUACACCGGCCAAAGGAUGGACCAAUUUAAAGUCAAAACACCAAACUACAGUCAAAAUAUAAGCUUCACUUACUCCCGGUUGGGUGAAACCGAUGAAUUUCUCUCCGGAAUCGAUCAAGAUCGGCAUGUUAUUUUCGACUUUCAGUACGAUUCGGACACGAAGCUUUUGUCGAAAAUUACGUUUCCCAACGGGUUAAGCUCGUCGCUGCAAUACAGUAAGUUCGAGAUGAACCGGUUAAACCACACAGUGAGUAGAGAGACUUUGAAUGUAGACGAUUUCAGCCUAUCCUAUGGACCGGAUUACAGUGUGCUGGUUGAUAAAUCCGGUGAUGGCAGAUCGAUUAAGGUUCGCGUCCGAGAUUUGCUUGCUGGGAUGCACCACAUCAAAGCAACCAACGAUAUCGAACCGCUAGCAAUCGUUGUUAAAGACGGAGACGUCAGUGGGACAAGAGAAAUCGUCGCCUACCAAGUUCUUACACUGGAAGACCUGUUUGUUGUGGUUGUUGUGACAGAUGAGCAGGAUAAAGUUUUAAUAUGUUAUCAUUUUGUUGCAAAUAAAUGGAUUGUUGGUGAAAGGGAACUGUUAACGCAACAGGCAACCGUAACGGCUAGUUCGGAAAUAAUUUACGUUGCGGAUCAACAAUUUUUGACCCGGAUUAGUUUGGAUGGUGAUGGGAAACUUCAACGUCAGAAGGAUCCUAAUCAGCUCUCACAGAAUUUUUCGAUUUAUGCUAGUUCCUUCGGAACCAUCAUGUAUGAUGACUCACCAACGAUGAAAAUUCUUUACGAACAUGCAAGGUUAGCAACGGCAACGUAUUAUACAGUACCUUGCGAACCGGAAUUAAUCCAAUUGAUGCAAAAGGUGAUUGAUCGCUUUCAGCUAACACCGGCAGCGCGGAGCGCGCUGCUUCAUGGAUUAAAACUAGACAUGGUCCAAUUUUACAAACACAUCGUCGUGAUCCGAACUUUGGAAAUAAGCAACGGUGUACUGAUAAUUCGCCUGGUACUUCACAUCCUAGAUGAAAAGCACCAGCUUCAAUUGAAGGACAACUGGAGAAUAUAUCAUGGCCGAAUUGAGGAUCUGCAGCUGGAUGUCCAGUCGAAAGCUGGUGAUCAGUGCCGUCUGGGCUACAAACUGAACAACAACAAAUAUGUAGCAUUUGUCAAAGAAUGCAGCGGCCCUUCGGUGACGAAGAUCGACGCCGAGCUUGCCGCGGCACAGUACAGCAUCGAAUCGUCGACAGAAUCUUCCGUGCGAAAGCAACAAAUGUACGCGGUAGCUGUUCACACGCACAACAACAAAACGGAACAACUUCACACCGACAUUUUACUGGCACACCCCUACGCUUUUGACGUUUCACUGCUCGGCAUGGUUGUCAACGGGCAAGGGAUUCACGUCGCAGGAAAAACGGUCUACUUUGAUGGAAAAACCUUCCAUCAAAAACCGCCCCAAGCGGGGCAAGAGAUGCAAUUAGGGGAAGACUACAAAAUCCGAAAAACCGACGACCCUGCGGACACCUAUAAACUGUAUCAGGGUGAGCAGUUGGUAUUCGAAACGAACACCAACGACGGGCAAGCUCUUCGGCUGUCCUGGCCUCAGUACUUGCUGGCGCAAGCUAACGUCGGCGCAAGGGCUGGCUACAUAAGAAUGUUCAACUUUCCGGCUAGAAGAAUCUUUGAAUUUCCCGCUGGAGAACGGCUGAGUCGGGUCAGUAACAACCUGCUGGUGGGGACAAUCGAUCAGCAGAACAAAACCGUGGCUUUCUAUCCGCUGCAGGGAAUUAUCCAGCCGGAGGUUGUGGCUUUGCGUAAUCAAACGUUGCGGCUGGGCAGUUCGUCGUCCGGGGAGCAGCGCGUGACGGUCUACGAAUACGCUGCGGAAGAUAUCGUACCGCUGGAGGGUGGAUUGGUUUUUCGCCGCUGUCGAAUGUUGCCCGGUGGAAACUCGUCCCGGUACGGGUGGUAUGAGCAUAGCUUCGAUACGCGGGAACGGACUUCAGCGCGAGCGUUGUUCGACGGCGAUGGGCAGUUUGUGGAGAGUAUUGAACCCCAACGGGAACCGGAAAGACCGGGUUUCAACAAAACGGAAACGCUUACCGACAAGUCGGGACAACUUCCGAUUGUGGUUGUUAAUCCAAAGACCGUGGAGUCCGGGGAGUACCUCUAUCAUGGAUUUGAAGCGUAUGAAAGAAAUGAGAUUGGUGGAAAGCUAAGGUGGACGUACAGUGGGCAAGAGUUUAUUACCGAACUAGGUGACCGAUUUGUCCGACUGACGGGUGAGGAAGCUCGUAUUCGGGGGACCUUUACGGUCGACGAUCAUACCCAUAUGUUCGUGUUUUCCUGCUGGAUGCGAUUGAAGAGGGAACUCCGCUUCGGGGACAGUAUCGACGUUAUCAAGGCCCACCUGGUGAAUAAAACUGGCCGAAUUGUACGAACGUUUACCAAGGCCGAGGUAAAACAGAAAAUUCGCGAUUGGAGUUAUGUGGAACUGCGCCUAGCCGGCGAAGAUUUGCCAUCACUACACCCAACCGAAGCCGUUGUUACUUUAAAACCUUCCCAAGGUUCUGCUCUGGAUGUGGACCAUGUUCGUUUCUCGCCGCUUAAUGUUGAUCUUCAAGCGCACAUCUACAGAGCCCCCUUUCCGAUACCGGUUGCCACGCUGACAAACAGUGGAUUGUUGAAACAGUAUCUGUUGGAUCCGAACGGUAACAUAGUUGUUCACUUUUCGGAACAAGGAUCGGUUACGGAAUUUAUAACCUACAGUAAGGUACAUUUGAAGGGGAUCUACCCGGACAAGCUACCGCAGGUGAUGGAAAUGAAGCCACACCGUCUAGGGGAGUACGUGUCACUGGAUGAAUCGUUUGCAGCACACUGGAUAAGGGAUGAGCCAGAGUUCUGGAACAUAAGCGGUGGUCAGUUGAAGCACACUUCUGAACUCCCUCAUAGAGUUAGCAGGCAAUUACACACGAAGUGUGAAGUUUUUGCAGUUAGAUUCCUGUACAAUCUGGAGUCUAACGAUGCCGGAAUCAGCCUACAUACGAACGACAAUCUGACGAACAUCCUCUGCUCAUCAGACACAGCAAAUUGCGAGAACAUUCAAACCUGUGGAGUCACCCAAAACGUUCCAAAAUCCGGUGAAGUCGUAGCUCUCGUUUCCCGAACUCACCGAGCAAUCUGGUUGGAAGGCUACCUAGCUUUCGAAGCGGAGAAUUCCGCCGCGUCCGCAAUCGAACAGUUCGGUUUGCUGAUCACCGGGAAGGUGACCCUCAGCGAAAUGAUCGCGCUGUACGACCCAUCGGUGAAGAUCACCUACUACAAUCUGCUGGGACUGCCGGUGCAGACGGUUGUGCUGCACGACGCCGCAACGGUUCGCGUCAAGGAAGUCCUGUACGAUGACCUGGAUCGGCCGGUCAAAAUUACCAAGUGGACCAAGGUGCCGAAGCAAGGUGGCGGUAGAAUGUUCGCUUACUACCAGGACUUCAUCGUCGAAACGGAACCGAACAAAAUGACCGGACUGGUGAAGCAGUUCAAUCCGAACUGCGGAGAGUUCCCGUACUUCCGCAAUAACUACGCCAACAAUCCAUCGAGUUCCAGAACGCAGGUUUUUAUACCGGGCGAGGCGUAUGCUUUCGGUGAUAAAUAUUCGCGAAAAUACUCGCAAAAAUCGAACUGCGAGUUCUUGGAUGUUCUGUUUCCUCCAUCGAAAGGUUUUAACCAGGAAGUGGAGAUCAAACAGAACGUAACGAUGCACGUCACGGUGUGGAAUUCGACCGGCAAGAAGGUUGCUAAGUAUGUUCAACUGUUUGAUGUCGAUCAACGACUUACCACCUACGAGUACGUUGCCGAUCGUUUGGUAUUGGAGUUGCCCCCGGUAUACCAUCGAUUAGCGGACACUUUCCGUCGUAGUGAACCAUUUUGGGAAGGGCGCUUAUCUGAGGAGGAAAAAACACUACAAACUACCUGGGGUACUGCUUAUCGGUACGACGAUUUCGGGCGUAUGAUCAGUAAACGAACGCCAGACAGCGGAGUUCAGCGUUACGAGUACAGUACUGACGGAGAACUUCGCAUCCUAAUGCAUCUACCGAAUGAAACCACCAAAAAUGCCGAUAAAAUAAUCUACCUUUCCUACGGACCGACGGGAAAAAUCGUAAAAGAAGCCGUGAUCGAUCCCUACUAUCAAACUGUCAUAGAAUCGUUGGGUGACGUUCUGUUAUCGCUCAUGACGAAGGAUUACGCCGCCUACUACCACGGUGAGUUUGACCCACAGCCGCACAUUCGGCAUCGAUCGCAGCAAUCGAUUAGGCGUAUCGGAACCGAUCAGAUGAUGGAGAGUUUGCUGUUCAACGAGCACGAUCAAAUAGUCCGUAAGGUUCACGUGGUGCCGGCUCUCAACACGUCCUACUCGAUCGAUUACGAGUACUCCGGCGAUAAGCUCACCCUGAUCCGCUAUCCCAUCGCGGUUAACGGCAGUUUCGAGGUGGCCUACGGAUACAACCUGGCAGGCGAUAUGAUCCAAAUCGGAACGCCAGUGUUGCCAGAAUUGUUUGCAAGCUUGCGCUACAAUGCAGACGGCUUGACGGAAGACAUACAUUUUGAACCUGAUUCGGAGCAUUCCUAUCGAAGGGAGUUCAAAUACAACGAGCCCGGAUACCUCACGACAAUCAAGGAUCCUUUUAUCGAAGAAAACAUCAGCUACUCGGAAUCGGAAGGAUACGGAACACUGUACCCGUUGAUUACCGAAGGACUAAUAUCGAAGACAGCCUUCACUGCGAAAUGGUACGACAGGAGUAACCCUUCGAUGUCUAAACUUCUGCUACAAGAUAUCGUGGCCGCUAACGUGAGCGAAACCCAAACACGUACGUGUAUCGACAGCUUCCUGAAGCUCGGCUACAUGUGCGCCGAGCAACACUUGCAGCGAUCCUUCUACCCCAACCUAGACGAUUCGAUCGCUGACGCAUGCCGAACCAACGCCUUCCGCAGACUGAUUCACGAACAAAGUUUCCCCCAGCGGUACGGUCAUCUGUACAACUACGACAGCCAUCAGCAGUUAAUCGACGCCAAAUACUUCCAAAAUAAGCUGGAGGAAAACCUCAAACCACUGACGGCCACCUCCUGGGAUCCAAUUCUGAACGUCGGCAGUUCGAAAAAAGUCUGGAACAUCCUGACGCAGGAAGGAUUCAUCAUCAACAGCUGUAUCGAUUCGGGAAGCUGCUAUGGUCGACCCGGACCGCAAUCACCACUGGCAGCAAGCGUUCCGCCGUUUGGACCACUCCACGCUCUGCUGCUGAACGCCAUUGCCGACCGGAAAACUAUCGCCCCGGUUGUGUUCGAGGAAAAAUGCACCGGUUGGUCGGCCGGUAUCGACUGCGGCAAGCUGCGUGAGCAGCUGCUAUCGCAGAACUUCAUCGGAGCUCACUCGCGCAAAACGUUCAACGCAAUCAAUCCGGCCCUGCAGAACGCGUUGAAGCAAUUUACAAGCCAUCUACCGGAGAUUGUUGGCAUACUGCAGAAGCACUUCGGAACUCGGUUGGGACAAUCACCGGGUGACAUCCUAUCCAGUCAGUACGAUGCUAACGGAAACCACCGAACGUUCUACGUGGGUUUUGAUCAGUACAGCUUUCAGUACAAGCCGGGAACUAAUCAGAUAAGUUCGAUCAGCAAACAGCAGCUCGACGGAGUUGGUCCCCGAGAGCAGUACACCGUGGAACACGACAGCGAGGGCAGCGUAACGGUAGCCACGCACAAGGGUAUCAAGCGAAUUGAGUACGAUCGGCUGACGAAUCGACCUUCCAGAAUUAGUAUGAUCGAUGGACGAUCGAUACUGUUGCAGUAUGACGUACGCGGCGAGAGAACUUUCAAACAGGUGCUGGACAAGGAUGGCAACGUGUGGACCGAAAAGUACUACCUUAGAGAUUUGAACGGUAGGGUUUUGGUGGAUAUGCAAAUGACAUUUUUGACGGGAAGCAAACCUCCAGACAUCCAGGUUACGAACUACAUCUACUCCCAGCAAGGUUUAAUCGGAUUUGUGAGGGACGGUGAAUUCUACAGUGUGUUUACCGAUCAUGAAGGAUCGGUUCGCUUGGUGAUCAAAGACGGUGAGGUUAAAGCAUCCUACGAUUACCAUCCGUAUGGACACAUCUUCCGAAAGUCGGAGCAAGAUCUUAGGGGGCGAUUGUGCUAUUUAUACACCGGCCAGGAGUGGGACGAAGAAACCGGUUUGUACAACUUCCACUCGCGUUUGUAUGAUCCGGAGAUCGGCCGAUUCUAUCAAAUCGAUCCACAGAGCCAGUACGCUAGUCCGUACGUUUACGCGGGCAACAACCCGGUAGCGCUGGUCGAUCCGGAUGGGCAGUUUGCCUUCUUAUUGAUAUCUAUUUUCCUGGCACUGGUCGGGGCGUAUCUCGGAGGAGCGGCGGCAAACGGUUCCUGGAAUCCAGGCGAAUGGAACUGGGCAAGCGCCGGUACCUGGCUAGGAAUUAUUGGAGGAGCACUCGGCGGAGGCUUUAUGCCAUCGAACAUGGCCUCCACGAUGACGUUACUGGUCGGGUACGGGCUGAGCACAUCGACGGCCGUCAGUGUGAUGGUUGGUUCCGGAAUAGGGUUUUCUUACUUUUCAAUGGCUGCAGCAAACAAUGCUUGGGACCCCAAAGAUUGGGACAUGAAGUCGCCAGCCACAUGGAGAGGGUUUUUCUCCGGUGUUGCCACAAGCAGUUGGAUUCUGUCGAAUCCAAGUAGUCUGAUUUCUACGUACGGUCAAAUAUCGUCCGCCACCGGUAAAGGGCUUUUCAUUGCCGGAAAGAUUGUGCUGUCCGGAGGCUUUGCGUACAUGUAUGGAGUUCUUGCUCACAACGGAGAAUUCGAUUUGACUAAAUGGGACUUUACGAAGCCGGCCCUGUAUGUGGCGUUCGUGGAUGGAGUCACAUUUGCUACGACGGUCACGAAACUGAUUACAAAUACACCGAAAAAUUUAUUUAAAUUAAAACAAAGAAUAAUCAGUGUGAUCGACACUUUGGACGAAUCGGAAGCCUACGUCCGUUACAACCUACACGCGAAUUCCGAUUGGUCUGAGAAGUUUUCUCAACUGCAGUAUUUCAUCGGAGCAAAUUCCGAAGGAAUUCGGAUGAUGAGCCGCGGUGCGCUAACGGUGUCAUUCUUUACAAUCAUUACUUCGUUAAGAGUGACGCAGGCCAUUGCAAAAAGUUCAGUACCCGAGUACAGUGUUAUGUACAGUAUAAUUUCGAGUGUCCACACCACAAGGGGAUUUUCCAACCGGAUAAUCUCUAACAUUAUACCGGUUGUGACUCAACCAAGAGCAAAGCGCGACAUCAGCUCAUCGGACCGACCGGAAACAAUUCCUGCAGCAACAUCCAGCGGAUCGCUGUUUUCCAGCUUUCUACCGAAACUUUUCAAAACACCUUUCACAACCAAAUUCCACAAGAGUGACCCUACAAUGGACAACAAACUUUCAGUACUGGCACCUAACCUCGAAGACGAUCAUCCCAGGAAAACCGUUUACACUGUUCCGAACUGUUACCGAUUCGGAGAAUCGCUAAUCGAGUGCUACGGACAGCACGAAAAGCUUUCGAUUUAUUUCCAACCUGAUAACGCAGCAAGAGAUCACAAUCUGCGAGAAGCUGAUCUGCACAGAUGCUUUCCGAUUAGUUUCGACAACGUUCCUGGCGUCUCCUGCGAAGGCGAAUCGACGUCGGUGCUGUUCACCGCCUACCAUGAUCAGUCAAAACUGUUCGACUGGAUUGACGGCUGGCUGCUGUUGAUGCGGGUUUUGCCUGCUGCUGUCAAUAACCUUGUCAGCGGAAUUCGGUACGUUUUUGACAAGCCGAAGCGACGAAAUCCCGUUGUUGGUGAGAAAGAGUUGAGUUAUUUACGAAAGAAGUUACAGUCUCUUUCCGGGCUGAUUAACGAUGAUUUACACUGGAGCAGAACGGCUUACGAUAAUUUGUUAGAAGAUGUUGAUGAGCUUAUUGCGGAAGGAGGACUAGAUUCGGGGAUGCUGAAUUUGAUAGAAGAAAGAAUCGCUGCCCUCAAAGCCGAUAUCACCGAAGGACUUGUUUUGACAGACAACAAAAAGUUCAUGGAUGAGGCAACAUCGAAUAGAAAAACAGGCAGUCCAGAAAUCUAUUUUAAUGGAUUACAGGCGGUGCAAACUUUAAGCGCAACAGAUCAACUCAGUAUGAUACAUCGAGUAGGAUUGUCACUGUAA